ACCCAAUAAAAUCUGGGUCGGUUCAGAUCAUCAUAAUUGGGUCUCUCGGAUGUGCGGGUCAUAUGCACACCCCUACUCCACAGUUGCCAAAUGUUUCUUUUUCCCAACCGUUGCACUCCCUAAAAUACUGUUAAGAGACCCGCCCAUAUUUUUUUUUCGUUUUUUCUCAAUUGAGCUCUACCUCAGAUUUAUACCUCAAAAUCUGCUAAAGCUGCUGGUUCUUAUUUCACUGCCACAACCCAAACAAGACGAGCAUAUUAAACCACAACCCAAAUAAAGAUUGAUUUUUCAAAAUUUGAGAAAACCCUAUGUUUGUUGUGGCAGAUGAAAAUCUUGAUUUGGCUGCGAUGUUUGACAUAGAAAUCCAUGAUGUUUGCAUGUUUCGGGAUACUGCUUUAGUGAAUGACUGGAAAUUCUAUGUUUUUGCUGUGUUUUCAAGCAUUUCAUGAAGAUGAGUUCCGUAUCAGAGCAUUCUACGAAAGAAAACCCAUUUCAUCAGAGAACACUGGUGUCUGGACCUCAGAUUUUCAAGCGAGCUUCUUCUCCAAAGGCAACCCGUUGGCUCAGAUCAGAUUCGCAUGUUCGAUCAGAUUUCAGAUAUUGAAUAAGCUCAGACUCGGCUCUGUGAGUGAGGAAGGUGAUUCUAGUUGUUCUUCAGUUUCCGCAGAAAAUAUUAAAAGCUUUCUAUCUUCAAUGGACGAUUUGCUGAUGACCAGAUUCAAGAUGUCAGACUUAGUGAAGGGAUCUAUGAAGAGUGUUAUUGAAUGCCUUGCAACCCUUAUAGCACAAUUUAUGCCAAAUGUUGUUGUAGACAAUUUUUCUCUUACCAGUCUGAUAACUAAUUGUGGAAGCCCUCAUGGGGAUGCAUCCUCCAGUGGACAUUUAUCUCAAUUAUCUGGAGAAGAGAGGCAGAAACUUGUAUCUAACUCUGAUUUUCAACAUGGUUGGAGCAAUCCUUUCAUGUCAGGUAUAGUUGUUGCUCUGUGUGCUUGUGUUCAUGAGGUCUUUUAG